GAUAGGGCAGGGAGCCGAAGGGAGGGAGGGGUGAAGAGAUUGGAGUCGCGUUCUGUAGUGCCCCGGCCCACCCCUUUCAGUUUUAGUUUUAGAAUAGCAAGCAGACAGACAUUAUGCUUGCACCCCGCACACCCUCAAAUCCGAGUGGCCUGUUAGUGCUGUAGCAGUAUCGUUCUUCUAGUGGGUUUGCUUGCAGCAUCCGCAGUUUCGAAUAUUUUCGUGUCGUGUUUGCAUGUAAAGCUACGAGAAAGAUUUGGUGUGAUUGAGAUCAGGGCAGGCUGGUGAAAACGAUGGAAGCGGGAGAGGCGACCAAAUCGAUGGAGAAGCAGGUGGCAGUGGUGACGGAACCAUCCACAAGUGGCUCUGCUACUGGCGGUAGCCGUAGCGGGAGUCUGUCCUUUCAUGUUUGUGUGUCUUAGGGCCCUGGGUAAUUUAGGUUGAGUUGGGGAGAGCGAGUAAAUGAGGAAGAGGCGGAAGGCAGCUGGAUCUGAGGAUGGAUUUUGGCAAUGACAACAGAAGCAGGCGAGAGUUGCUCUGGCCCAAGCAGCUUCGACGUCACACCAAGUAUCGUUAAGGGAGAAGGUGAGCUCGAAGCAGGCGUGCAGGUGGCGGACGAAGUGGUGUAGGUGGAGGAGAAGGCAUGUGAGUGGGGAUGCAGAUUAUACAUGCAACGACGAAGCUUGGCAUAAUCUGUGGGCUAAGUGGCGUGGGCACCCAGACACGGUGGGGGCCCUGGAGGUUGCACGAGUUGUAGAGUACGGACAGGUAGUCGGGAAGCGGGAAACAAGAACCGGCUCAUAACAGUAAUACAAUUAUCUUAAUCGAGGGACGUGUUCAAAGAUGGGCUGGUUUUCAUGCUUCACCUCUGCACCCAAGGAGAGGAAGCCGCAGAAGAAUGAUGACAACAACAGCAGCCGUGAUGGGCAAUCGGCUGCUACUACUCCUGUCGCGCAAAUCUCCAAUCUUCCCUCAGGGCUGGCAGGUAACUCGAAGAAAUACGACGCGAAAGGCUCAUUUGACAAGAAUGAGCCGCAGCGCGAAGGGAGCACGCACAUCGCCGCUCAGACUUUCACGUUCCGCGAGCUAGCUGCGGCGACGAAGAAUUUCAGACCGGAGUGUUUGUUGGGCGAGGGCGGCUUCGGCCGCGUGUACAAAGGUCGUCUGGAGAACACCGGGCAGGUGGUGGCAGUGAAGCAACUGGAUCGGAACGGGCUGCAAGGGAACCGAGAGUUUCUGGUAGAAGUGUUGAUGCUGAGUCUGUUGCAUCAUCCGAAUCUCGUAAGCCUGAUCGGAUACUGCGCCGACGGUGAUCAGCGGCUGCUGGUGUACGAGUUCAUGCCGUUGGGGUGCUUGGAAGAUCAUCUUCAUGAUCUGCCGCAGGACAAAGAGUGCCUGGACUGGAACACUCGGAUGAAGAUCGCGGCGGGAGCAGCUCGGGGUCUGGAGUACCUGCACGACACAGCAAAACCACCUGUAAUUUAUCGGGACUUCAAGAGUUCGAACAUAUUGCUGGACGAGGGGUUCCAUCCGAAGCUGUCGGAUUUCGGUCUGGCGAAGCUGGGUCCGGUGGGGGACAAGACGCACGUAUCGACGCGGGUGAUGGGGACUUACGGGUACUGCGCCCCGGAGUACGCAAUGACGGGGCAGCUGACGCUGAAGUCGGACGUGUACAGCUUCGGCGUGGUGUUGCUGGAGCUGAUAACGGGGCGGAAGGCGAUCGACAAUUCUCGGUCGGCCGGGGAGCACAACCUGGUGGCGUGGGCCCGGCCGCUGUUCAAGGACCGAAGGAAGUUUCCGUCGAUGGCGGAUCCGAUGCUGCAGGGGCGGUAUCCAAUGCGCGGGCUGUACCAAGCCCUGGCAGUAGCGGCGAUGUGCUUGCAGGAGCAGGCUGCAACGCGGCCUCUGAUCGGGGACGUUGUGACAGCACUAAGCUAUCUGGCGUCGCAGAUCUAUGACCCCGGGAUGCAUCCGCUGGGGUCGAGCCGGUUCGCACCGGCGACGCCGUCCCGAGAGAAGCGGGAGAAGGAGAAGAAGAUGCCGCCGGGUCCGAACACUAUCGAGGAGCGGAUGGUGAAGGAGCAGAGAGCCGGGAAAGGAGGACCCCGGUCGCCAUCGGUGCGGUCGCAGGCAGCGUCUCCGGACCUGUGGGUGAAGGAGGGAGGGGGCCGAGCGCGGGUGACGAACGGAGUGCUGGAGGAGUCGCGGGGGUCAGAAUCUGGAUCAGGGAGGAAGAGGGACUCGGAGGAGUGGGAGAGGCACGAGGGGGGAGGGCGGGACAGCCCCGGAUACGCGGGGAGGGCGAGUAGAGACGGGCUGAAGUCGCAGGCUCCGACUCGGGAACGCGAGCGAGCGGUGGCGGAGGCACGGGUGUGGGGGGAGAACUGGCGGGAGAGGAAAAGGGGGGCGGGUUAGGAGACUGAAAGUAAGUUUGGCUGGAGUGAAAUGGAUGUUAUUUGAGUCAAGAGCUGGGAGAUGUGGGGCAGUUGUAUUCGAACUGAAUAGUCGAGCGUGCCGCAUACAAAAAUUUGAUCGCCCCUGAGAGGGAGUCGGUUUGAUUCAGUAUUAUGUAUCAACGAAGGCAUCAGGAAUCGCAGCUACAGAAAAGAAAGAUGAAAAACAAAAAAUAUUGAAAUGCGAGCCUUGUUGUGACGGCUUUAGCGAAUGUGUUUCA